UACUAGGUACAACUAGUUAGACGAAUAUUAGAAGCUCUACCUUCCCCACAGCAGAUCAGCCCUCAUACACUUCUUCUUCUUCUUCUUCUUCUUCUUCUUCUUCUUCUUCUUCUUCUUCUUCUUCUUCUUCUUCUUCUUCUUCUUCUUCUUCUUCUUCUUCUUCUUCUCAGUCCGCUCUUAGAUCUGAGAGGGAUGGGGAGGGGGAAGAUAGUGAUCAGGAGGAUCGACAACUCGACGAACAGGCAGGUGACCUUCUCGAAGCGGCGCGGCGGGCUGCUGAAGAAGGCCAAGGAGCUCUCCAUCCUCUGCGAUGCGGAGGUUGGCCUCGUCGUCUUCUCCAGCACCGGCAGGCUCCACGAGUUCUCCAGCACCAACAUGAAAUCUGUGAUAGACCGGUAUACCAAGGCAAAAGAGGAGCAGCCUGGCGUGAAUGCAACUUCAGAGAUUAAGCUUUGGCAAAGGGAGGCAGCAAGCUUGAGGCAGCAACUGCACGACUUGCAAGAAAGCCACAAGCAACUGAUGGGAGAGGAGCUUUCUGGCCUAGGUGUAAGAGAUCUCCAGGGUUUAGAGAAUCGGCUCGAAAUGAGUUUACGCAGUAUCAAAACAAGGAAGGACAACCUUCUGAGAAGUGAAAUUGAAGAGUUACACAGGAAGGGAAGUCUAAUCCACCAGGAAAACACAGAACUGUGUCGUAGAUUAAACAUCAUGUCACAACAAAAAAUGGAACUGAGCAGAAAGCUCCAGAGCUGUGAAUCAGGAGGUGCCACUGAUGCAAAUAAAAGCUCUAGCACUCCCUACAGCUUUCGUAUUGUACAAGACGCAAAUAUUCCUGCUAAUCUUGAACUGAGCCAGGCACAACAAAAUGAACAGGAGCACUCCGAAACAGGCGCUCCAGCACUGGGACUUCAACUGUCCUAAGACGAUCUAAUACAAUCUGGGCAACAUCAUGGUAAUCAAAAAUAUCAAAUCAUGAUUCAGAGCACUUGGAGUUGGAUAAUGUAGCAUGUUGUGCGCUAUACUAGCCCAUAAAGAAAAGU